UAGAAAAGUGACGGGCGUAUAGUUAGAGUAAAAUUAAUAAUUUAAAAAAUACACUUAAUAAUGGUUAUUUGCGCGGUUUUUAAUUGCAAUAGCAACAGCGAUAAAAAAUUAAAAAGAAAUAUGAAUGAUUCAUCGUUCAAGGAAACGAAAUUUUUUCGAUUUCCAAAAAAUAAGGAAAUCGCAAAAAUAUGGAUACAAAAAUGUGGAAGGAAAGAUAAAUUUAAUAUCCAAAGUUCGUACAUAUGUAGUAAACAUUUUGUACAAGAACAUUAUCGGCGAAACUUACAGCAUGAACUGCUGAAUUAUUCGCCAAAAAAUAGUAAAAAAUUGAAGGAUGACGCAGUUCCGACAGAAAAUUUGCCUUCUGCAAUUGAGUCCAAGUCAAGUGAAACAGUUUCUGAACGAUUAGGAAGAUAUAUUAAAAAACAAAGACAGGAAACAGUCACUAAUAUUUUGAAAAUAGACAACCAGAUCGAAAAUCUUGACUGUGUUGAAGUUCACACUAACGAUGAAGUUCAAGAAAAAAAUUCAAAAUGUGAUCAAUCGACAAGCACGGAAGACUUAAAUGAAUGUAGUAAACCAAAAUCACCUACUAAGGAGCAAUUGAAAAACGAUAACAAGAUGUUGAGCAAACAAUGUUACUUUUUGAAGCAGGAAAAUGAUUGUUUAAAAAAUAUUUUUACGCCGAAUCAAAGGAAAAAAAUGGCUAAAAAAGGAAAUCGAGUUAAAUGGAAUAUCGAAGACAUUUCUGAAUCAAUUGCAAUUUACUCCAGCGGUCCUAAGGCUUAUAGAUUAUUACUAAAAAAGAAAUAUCCAUUUCCAGCUGUUUCAACUUUAAAAAAGUGGGUAUCUAAAAUCGAUAUAAACCCUGGAUGUUAAAC